AUGGCGGGCCAGUCAAUACCGACCAAGUUCCCCUGCUGGUGCAAGGCUGUCUAUUCAUGGGGUGGAGAGACCAAGAAAGACCUGGGCUUCAUCGAGGGAGACCUGAUCGAGUGUCUCAAUGCAGGAGAUGGAUCAUGGUGGAUGGGCCGUCUAAGGCGCGACCGGCGCAUGGUUGGCCUCUUUCCCUCCAACUUCGUCCAAGUGCUCGACGAGAAGUUCCAACCAGCCCCCAUCCGCCGUAAUGUUUCACCCCCAACCGCCGUCGCUGCGCCGCAAAAGUCCAAGAGCGUCUUCCGCAAACCAUUCCAGGGUUAUAAAGAGUUUGGAUACCGCGAUGACGGUUGCAAUUCGCGAGGCAGCACACCAGAGGAUCGACAAGCAAAGAAGAAGUUCAGCCCAUACUCGAGCAUGAAGACGGCAAAGCCUCCCGGCUCGGACAAGAAGCCUCCAUCAUCACCACUCAAGGAAGACUCGACCUUCCGCGUGCCUUCUCCGCUGCCACGAUCCUCUCCCAGCAGAGCACCUUCGCCUGGAGACAUGUACAGAGCUUCCUCUCCAGCCCCUACCACAUUGCACCGAUCAGUCUCUCCUGCGCCUUCUGCAUUCUACAGACCUACUUCGCCAGCACCAUCAGCCAUGUACAGAACAUCUUCGCCUGCUCCCUCGGCCAUGUACAGAGCCACGUCACCCGCACCUUCAGCAAUGUAUAGGGCUGCAUCACCUGCUCCCUCCGCCAUGUAUCGUCCUGUUUCGCCUAACCCACAGGAUAUGUACCGUUCAACUUCUCCUAAUCCAUCAGCCAUGUACAGUAGGCACGCCUCACCCAAUGCUGCCUUGUACCGCGCUGCUUCUCCCAACCCAAACACCAACGCGGACUUGUACAGUCGAGCUGCCUCUCCAAAUCCCUACCGGGCAAUGUCACCCGCUCCUCUCCAACAAAGUACUUCUUCCUACCACGUUGCAUCUCCCGCUCAUUCUCAAUUCCACCACUCGCCAUCUCCAUCUCCAAUGCCUACUCCCAUGCCUGGUGACGGCCAAUACCAAGCAUACAGACCUCCACAGGAGUACGAUUAUUUCAGAACUGCUUCACCAGCACCUCCAGCUCCAAUGCACCACAUGUCAAGACAACCCUCACCAGCUCCACAGGACGACACGUCUUCGCCACCGCCUCCUGCGCCACCACCUCAUCGUGUCCUCCAUCAACAGAACAGCCUUGUUUCUCCACGCCCUUCCCACGAAUCUGACAUGAACAAUGGCUACGCCACGCCUGGAGGUCACUCAAGGGAUGGUCAGUCUUCUGGAAUGACCCCUUCGCCAUUACGCGACGCCAUGGCCGAUGUGAUGUCUUCUUUGCACGACAUGAGCAGCGUCGCUGGAAGAUCCUCUCCUGCACCUGGUCCGGAAAGCCCCAACGGAGGAAUCUGGUCGCCCGAUGCUUUCGACCUCAUACGCUCACGGUCGGCCCACCAAGCUAGAGCAAAAUCUGCUAUGGACAACUACCGCAGGGAAGCGAGUCCUAACAGGCUGGCUAAUGCACAGGAAGACCAACACUCGAUCCCUUCAUUACCACCUUCACGAGAUGGCCCUCCAGCACUGGACGAGUACGUCUCACGCAUGGAAAGUCGACUAAGGCGAACAAAAUCAUCCGGUGCUGACCUACAAACUAUCGGGGGAGCAGACAGCAGACCCACAACAUCGAGCAGUCAGAGCAGUACAGGCAGUCUGCGUUUCAGCACUCAAGUUCCGAGAAGUCCCAGUCCCAGGAAAUCUGCCUAUGAGAUUGCCACUAGACAGCAACUCCGCAGGACACAGACCAGCAAGACCAAUGCGACUAGCUCUUCCUCAGGUACUAACAGUACUUCUACAGCCAGCACUACCAGUACCCAGAUUACCAGCACAAGCAUCAUGAGUGGUCAUUCUGCAGGUGCCUUCAGCGCCACUAGUGCUGGUAGCUUUGCUAGGCGCAAGUGGGGCUUGACUGGAAGCGUGAAAGGCAGACGCCCAUUGAGUGCCUUGAGUUCAAGAUCGUAUGGCGACCUUCAAGGAGAAUUUGGCAAGGAAGAACGACCCAAGACAGCUAUGCAAUCACGACCUCAAUCUCCCGAGACUGGCAUCAGCUUCCACUCAAGUCAUGCCACUCAGCCUGCUCCAACUCCCGUCGCCGACUGGACUACCAAUCCAUUCGAGACUGCUGGAGUGCUUGGAGGUCUUUCCGCUCCCAAGGCCAAGAAAAGCGGCUUUUUCAGGAAGAUGAUUGACACGGCGAAGACGACUGCAAAAACUGGAGCAGCUAAUGCAAGAAGCACAAUUGCAUCCGGAAGACCUCCAAGCAGAGCAGGCUCACCCAAGAAGAGCAUCAUCCCAGAUGGCGUCACAUCCAUCUCUGGUGGUAUGCCAUCUUCUCCACCUGCGCUGACAUCUACUGCCCAUCGAGACAUGGGGCUUGGAGGCGGCGAUGGAUGGAUGCAGGUGAGACGUGAUGUCAAUCGUUCCAACUCGCUGAGUAGGAAUGAAAGAGUUGAACGCAUCGAACGUUGUGAGAUGAUGGACGUUCUCGUUCUCAGCCCGGUCGAGGAGCUUCUGGAGCGGACCGAGGGCGACGAAGGCCUUGACGGACUGGCUAUUACGGAGCCAACAGACUUUGUUGCACCGAGUCUGGGUCUGGUGGACAAGGGUACGAGGUUCAUCUCUGCUCUUCCUCAGAUGCUCACGCCGACAUCAUUGGCACAGAGUUAUCUUUGCAGACCCUACCGCAGCGAUGUCCAACGUCUUCGCGCUAUCUUUACAUGGGUAUCGGAGAGAAUCACCUGGGAAGAAGACUUUGAAGGUCAAAUCGAUACCAGACGUGUUUUGCAAUCCAAGCGUGGCUGUGGUGAGGAGAUUGCCGCGCUGGUGCGUGACCUUUGCUCUGCUGUUGGUCUUCAUGCCGAGGUUGUACGUGGAUAUCUGAAAGGACCUGGAGAACGUCUUGAUCUGGAAACCAUUGCAAGACCAAACCACUUCUGGAAUGCGGUCAUCAUCGAUGGCGAAUGGCGUAUCAUGGACUGCUCUCUGGCCAACCCCACCAACCCCAAACGAAGCUUGUACAGCUCAGCCAACAACACUGUCGCAGAUCACUGGUUCUUCCUUACACGGCCUAUGGAGAUUUGCUAUACCCACAUCCCUCUGCUUCCUGAGCAACAGCAUAUCGUUCCUCCUGUUCCUCAUGAAGUCCUCAUCUCAUUGCCAUGCGCCUGCCCACCUUACUUCCGUCACCAUAUCGAGCUUACGAAUUACGACACCUCGGUCGCCUACUUAGAGAAUCUCGAAAUGGCACAUCUCCAGCUGACUGUUCCUGAAGACGUGGAAAUCGUUGCAGAAGUCGAAGCCCGCGCUUUCGCUCGCGACAUGGACGGCGACCUCUUCGAAUCAGGGGAUGUGACGAGAAAGAUUGCACUCGCCCAACCUACUUGGAUUGCGGGCAGGAAGAGCUACAUGGUAAAAGCACUGCUUCCCGGUGACGAAGGCGAAGGAGUCCUCAAAGUCUACGCCGGCAAACGCGGUCUCAUGCACAGUAUCAAGGACAACCCACACGCCCUCGCUCUCGCCGUGCCGCUCAUGCACACAGGACAAAAUCCCCCCUACGCCUUCCUCACCAGACAUCCUACCCCUCACGCCCAACGCCAUGACCUCUACGUCGCGCAACCACAAUGCAGCCGUCUAGUCAUCAACAAUACCUUUGUAUUCUGCGUCCGCCAACACCCAUCUUCACUCUCGCGCUUCUCGCCAGACACCUGGGGCGGUUCCAACAAUACUUCUGCACGCAGUAACUCUGCAUUAGGCCUGCGCUCCACCUCGCCAGCACCCUUUGCUCGUCCAUCCUCAGCAAUGUCCAUGGCAUCUUCCUCAGCAGGCGCCUCCCACACCGGCAGCUUAUACUCUGAAUCUUCCUCAGCACUCAGCGACAAGCAGUCCAAACCAGCCAAACUCGCCAUCCAAUCACCCACUGGCAAAAUCAUCAGAUUCACCAGAAAGCAAGAGUACGGUGGGUCUGCGGCGGGAAUAGGCGAUGAAGAAGAGGGUCUGGGGAGCACUUGGGAGACUGUCAUCAAAGUCGGUGAGAGGGGUGUUUAUAGAGGGUUGGUGCUCGCGGACCGGAGUGCGAGGUGGUGUGUUUUUGCCGAGUGGGAGUGUGUUUGA